CUAUUUUGCAGCAUGUACGCGCGAAAUCUGCCCGAUCUGCCGGUCGAACUGAUUAAUGAUAUCGUCCGUCGCAUUGACCCAACUAGCUUUUUCAGCCUCAGGCUCGUCUGUCGCGAGCUGACAGCCAAGUCCUUCGACACAUUCAGCGAGCGUUACUUUAGGACAAGAGAACAUUUCAUCUCCGACUAUAGCCUCGAUGCCCUCGUUGAUAUUUCGCGCCAUGGCUUGCUUGGGCCAGCAGUCGAGACUUUGAUCAUCGACACGGAUCCCUUUCAAGAAUGCCUCCAUUUGCCCGCGCCUUUGCCGGCGUCUCCGGGAGACUUUGUUUCCGAGCAUGAAGAGGCAUUGCUACAAUUUGUCGAGGACCAGGACUUCCGUCGUGCGACUGGCAAAGACGCCAUCCUUCUGGCACUGGCAUUGGGGAAUCUCCGAAAUUGCAAGAACAUCGAGAUAGGGGACUACAAGUCUUUUUGGAUAUCCAAGCAUCGUAAGACUUGGGGCGUCAUGAAGACUAGUCGGCAGCUCGGGUUAUGUGGCGUAUUUGAAAUCGGUUCAAACAGGUCAACACACGAUGCUCUUUCAUAUGUCUUCCUGGCCAUCCUCUCUGCCGCAGAGGCAAGUCAUGCUAUCAUACAUCGACUGAGUAUGCAUCUAUCGGCGGCAAACUGGAUGAGGUUUGAGACGUUACUGUUUCCAGUCCGUGUACUGGAUCGGCUGCGCUCUGUCACGUCGAAUCUCAAAGUUUUGGAUGUCAGUGUUGCCUUGCCACAGGACGGAAUCCUCUUAGAGGAGUACGAAGGUUGGGCCAGCCUGUUUUCUGCUGCAUCAAACCUCGAAGAGUUGCACAUUCGUACGGCGGAUGCCAAGAUAGAACACUUCGAAAACACUUUUGGUCGAUAUUUUCUCCAGGAAUAUUGGAAUCGACUGAAAAUAUUUCAACUUCGGGGAUGUAUGCUCAGCGGAUCAGUUUUACUGGCCUUCCUCUUGAAACAUCGCAGGACCUUGGAACACCUUCAGCUAGCCUUCAUUGAUUUUUUGCAAGGGUCCUGCGUAUCAUUUCUGCGACAAGCGAUCGAAUGUCUUUCCUUGCACAAGAUAACAUUUCGUGCAUUAGCAGAAGACACUCAACACAGAAAUCAAUCCACUAUACUUGGUGGCCCUGCAGAAGGCUUAUCACUGAACAAUGGGUUGGCCCAAGAUUCUUCUAAUUCAGAUCAAACACUGGGCGAAUUGUCCCCGUUUGUCGAGAUAAGUCGCACCAAAAAACUGAGAAUACUGACCUACGAUCGAGACCGGACGAGAUUGUCAGAACAUGUGCCUUGGAGUUUGUUGGUUGAGCGCCACCACCUGGAAACAGUGAUCAACCUCAAAUGAUAAUUCCCUUUUCAUUCGUCAUAUCUACGGCAGGAACGGUAGAUGUACGCAUAAUAUUUCCAGUCUUCUUUCUUAUUCACGACCUCAACGUCUCACCUUUAGCGGUCAUUUGGCAGUAUUGUAAAUCACCUGCAUAUUUGCUUUUAUAUCCACCCAUCUGUCAAUUUCUAGCCGCCUCG